AUGCGCUGUUGGGCAUGGUGGCCUGCGAGCAAAUACAGCCGCAGCCGCGAACGCGAUUAUCACAGCAUCAGCAACGACACCGAGCCGUUCACGUCUAGAGACGAUGACAACUCUUCGGUUGAGUCGGAGGGGAAAGAUCCACCCAUUACAGAUGCGCAUGUUGUUUUUGACGAAGACAUGUAUGAUUCUGUGACGAUGGCAGCUUUCGGCGGGGUUCACUUGCAACUUCCUGGAGGAACAGUGCGGAUCCACCCGAUGUGGCUGUGUUUGGGCUGCCUCCCGUUGUUCGCUGCGCAACAGGCCAGCUUGCUUUACAUGCGCUUGGGCCAGGAACUGGAGAAGCCUGUGCAUGGGGAAGGAGUGUCAGAUGAGCUAAAGCAGAUCCUGCCCUUUGCGAAGACGCUGAUGGUUUACACGUUGGGACUGAUGCUCUUUCCGGAACUGUUGGGCGCCUGUCGUUUAUUACUCUUCGUUCUGAACCCCACCACUUGGAUUGACAUCAAGAGAUUCCGACCAGAAAAGAGCGCAAUGUGGGCUUUUCUAUGGAGCACACCAGUCCUUGUGUCAUGUGCCGCCACAGCAGAAUUGCUCAAGCUGUCCAUUGGCUACGUGGUUCUGAUUGACUCUGUCAGCGUCGUCCUUGUCUGUGACACGGUACAGGACACCCUCUUCAACAGCUUGGCCUUGACCUUUCUUGUGGACCUCGACAACAAGCUCUGGGAAGUGGCCAAGAGCGUAUUUGGAAUAGAGUACAAGGAGCAAAUGAAGAACUUGCAGAUCAUCUCUGACAAAGACACAAGACGUGAGGAAGGCAAAGUCGAGAGGGAGGGCUGGGAGGAUUGGAAAAUCUUCAGACAGUGUUCUUGGCUUCGAAGAGCACAAGGAGGCAGCGCGGUAGAAGCGCUCCUCGUGUGCGCUAUAUUCAUGUUUGCGUAUGUCCGACAAAUGCUGGUCAUGCUCUACUCUUUGAAAACAGACACGCUUCCGGUAGCAAGAGACAUGUGCACCAUUUGGCAUUUAACCGAAGAGGACACCUUUCUCGGCAUGAUAACUCGCAGAAUCUUGCGAGUCAUGAGCUUGUAUGCUCAUCCAAAUGGCUUGCUGAACCAGACCUGCAACCCAGAGGUGGGUGGCUACUGCAGCCCACAAUUUCGUGCCAUUACGGGCAGGGAUAUGUGGGAUCUCGCGAUGGAGAGGCCGCUAUUUAUCGCGGCAAAUGUAGCCGGCUUGGUCUGCGUUCUUCUCGUUCCACAAAUUUUCCAGCUGCUGCUCUUCUGUGAAACGGAUAGAAAGGACAAGCACACCAGGUGCUUUGGGUUCAUACCCACAGAUCAAGAUCAGGAAGACGAAUCCUGCAAGCUCGAGAAGGAUUGCACUUCGCUACAGCAACAAGCUGAUGCCUCUCAGAAAGAGAUGGCAAGCCUCAAAGCCAAGGUUGAAGCUAUUCACGAUCGGCUGAAUCUCGUCUGCGGUACAUCAAGGAUGUUGCCGCACGUCCUCGCUUCCCAGACGGACCUCUCAGAGGCUGGCAUGGCCCUCGUGCAUAACCCGAUGCCAACAUGA